UAAUAUCACAAUGGGGCAGAAAUCAAAUGCAAUUUUUUUUAAGAAAAAAAUUAUUGACAAGUCAUUAUGAAAAAUAGAAAACAGAAAAAUUACUAAUGCGUGGAAUUGUACUAAAAUUGAUGAACUGAGGAGGAAUAUGAUUGGAUGUAAAGUGUAUUUCUUAAUUUGGGAGGGAAAAUAUUCCCUCACCUGACAAGGACUGGAUGGAAUGAGUUGUUGCAGAGACUUCACCAGGCUCAAACCCUCCCUUCAUGUGGCGCAGGAGAACUUCAACAGCUAACAUGACUCCAAGACUAUUCUAACUGGUGGAUAUGCGUUCACAAGUUGGCUUCCAAUCUUAUCAGGAGGGCCACCCCACCUCCAAGCAUUCCCCCUAUAAGGACCUUUGAACUUUGACUCUUGGAGGAAAGCCUGUAUGCAAAACUGUGACUGCUAUGCUAAAGACUAUCAUAUGUUCUCUUUUUUUUGUGUGUGUAUUUUACUCUGUUUUCUUGAUUUUCAUCAUUCACUGGACGUUUGGAGUACAGGAGGAUCAAAACAGCUGUAUCUCCCUAAUCUUUUUGCACACACAGAUAUAAACACACCUUUACACCACACACACUCUGCACCACCUGUCAUGCCAAAGAUCAUGAACUUGGUUGCUAACUGCAGAGAAGGAAGCCAUGACAACUAUCAACGGUUAUGUGUCAUAUUCAUUUUAAAAUGGGACUGUUUUAGAGUGGAGAAAAAUCUAGGGGAUUGUGCCUGAAUCCAGCAUCAAAAAGGAGCUUUUUAAAAUACGUUGAUGUCACCUACAAACACAAAAACUAAAACAUUUUCAGAAGAAGAGACCAUAUAGUUUUUGACAGGUGGCUUUUCUUUAACACCUUAGUAUGUGUUUGCAUAGACAAUCUAUGGGUUUAUCUUUAGAGUUUAAGCAAAGAUGAGUGGUUACUAAAGAACCGCCUAAUUUCCCUCAGAAAUGAUGCAAAGUGAGUGUAAUAUUUGUGUAUUGUGAGGAAAAUGUCUACUUAAAAAAAAAAAAAAAAAAAAAACUUAGAAAAAUGUGUCUCUAAAUGACUAUAACUCACAGGUUUGGAGCAUUGAUAAGGAUGAAAGGUUCAGCCAAAUUUUGCUCUUCAGUGUGCUGUUUUCACAAACUUACGAGGAUCCAUAAGGAGAAGUUGACUGUUUUCUUCUCCUCCCUCAGUUCAUGAUGUUUUUAUAUCUUUUUAAUCGUGCCUUGUUUCUUCAAUGCAGUCAUGUCACUCCAAUGCAGUCACCUUAUGUACUUAAUUCAAAUGUAAUCAACUACAGGAGAAUCUCUCAGUUAAACCUAGACGCUGCAAAAAUGACACUCCCAACAAACACACACAAAGCAGCUCGAGUGAUGGCAAUCUCCUCUGGUGCGCAUUCUUGCAUUCAGCUUCUAGUCACAGAUACUUGAUGUCACCAUUGGGGAGGGGGUUAUUUCCUCAUCACCUGUAAAUAACAUUAAUUUUUGAAUAAUUAGGUUGUUGUUUGUUGUAUAUUUAAAGACUUCUAUGAUGAAUAACAGAGUCAGACAGUACAGCGUUAAGGUAGUUUAUUUUUAAGCCAAUUUAAAAAUGUCAAAGAGACUAAAGCCAAAAUGCGAGAAGGGAGCUUUCAAGCCUAAACCUUAACUGUCAUUAGCCUGCAGACCCUGAAGCAGGUUCACAUUAUCGAGCAUGCAUGCACAUACAGAACAACAGCUGGGACAGUUAGACACACCCUGCCUGUUCAGAUUUUUUAAGGGUCAGAAAUAGGAAACCCAGACUGAUGUUCUGCUGUUACUUUGUUUGCCUGUGUUGGUGGCACACACUCAUUUGACCCUUUAUAUUAUUAGUGAACUGGUCCUGUGUUAUCAUUGUUCAUCACAGUUGCCUUUGUUGCAUGAAAAUCCUUUUAAAAGACUUUGUGGUUUGUUGUUGGUGAUAAUGUUAAUGAUGCUGUUGUUUUGUGUUUUUUUUUUAUAUAUAAUUUUGUUUUUAAAAGCCAAAGGUUACUUUAGCUUGCACAGUUAUAAAUUUUUACUUUUUUUCUGUUUAAUACUUUUUGUUUGUUUUUAGGGAAACAAUGGCUGUUUACACCUGUAUCUGAAAAUAUAGAUUGCAUAUAUAAAUACAUAUAUCAUUCAUCUGUCUGUGAGUUUGAGUUUUGAUAUAAGUAAAUCAAAUUUAAUGGACAGUUUGACCACUCAGCACACACACACACUGCUAGAAAAUAAGAUUGCCUAUCACAUGCUGUCCUUAACAAAGAGUGGGAUGUGGUGGGAAUUGUGUUGGGUUACUGGAACUCUCCUGUUUGUGAACAGAUGAAGCUGUGACAGUAGGAAGCUUAUUCAGGGAUUGUUUGAGCAAAGGUGUUUUUUGUAGUGGGGUACCCCACGGGAGGGGGGCAUUACAUUGCAAAGGUAAACAGGUUUUUAAUCAUUCAGAGCAUGUUUGAAACUUGGGAAGAGUCGAGAAAAUGCUGGAAGCCACUGACAUGAGAUUAUAAGUAGAAGAGAAAGCUGUCAGUGACACAGAGCAAAGCCCAGCUGUUGCACAGACCCAGUCAGAUCCUAUUUGUCAGGCAUCAUCUUUUAUUUCCUCUCACCAUCAGUGUUCUCUUUGCAUCUGUCAGGUUACUAAAACUGAAGCCAUGCAUCCCCAGCGUCCUCUUCCUCAGGCAAUGCCCUCCUCCUCUUUGGGGCAGCACUUACGGGACAUGGCUAUGGGUCUGGGACGAGGCAAGAACUUACUGGGAGGAAACUUUGCCUACGGUUUCAUCCAGUCGAUUAAGGAGUGCCUUUAUUUCCUUCUCUGCUGCUGGUGCAUCAAGGAGAUUCUGGACUGAGACUGAAAGAGUAUAUCAAGUGGCAAAAGAUUGAUUUUUCCCAUUUAUCUGGUAGUUACCACAGUGAGGUUUCACCCAGUGUUAAUUUAAUCAUAAAUGGGAGUGUUUCAUCAACAAACCAUUGUUUUCAUAGCAUUCUCCUUUGGGGAUAGAAGAAUCACACCUGCACAUUUCAAGAUGCCACUGAAGUCCAUGGCUGGACAGGGUUCAAGUUUUCAGUUUUCACUCUGAAGCUCUGAGAUUUUGAAGACUGUGAUGGCACCAUGAUAUUAACUGUACAACACAAACUGGUGUGGCAAUGAAUAAAUGAGCUAAUGAACAUACAACAUAUUACCUUUA